GCUUUCCCUUAGCCUUAGGUUGCCUUGCUCUCUCUCUCUCUCUCUCUCCCUCUCUCUCGCGCGCGUCUGCAAUACAUACAAAUGGGAAGCGACAGGAAAUCCGAGGAGAAGAAGAAGAGUAGGAAAAGGAGCACUUCUUCAGAUUCUGAAGAUGAGAGAAAAGGUAAGAGGCAUAGACCUGUAGAAGAUGAGGAAAGGAAGAGCAGAAGGAGUGAUAAGAAGGAGAAGUCAAAGGACAAGAAAAGGUCACAUAAGCACUCGAAACACCAUUCUGAUAAAGAAAAGAAGACAAAGGAUAAGCACAAAAGUAAACUUCACAAAGGUGAUCGCCACUCGAAAAUUGAGUUCCAAGAGCUGUCCACUGAUGACUAUUUUUCCAAGAACAAUGAGUUUUCUACAUGGCUGAAAGAAGAGAAAGAUGUGUUCUUCUCCGAUCUUUCUUCAGAGUCUGCACGCCAACUAUUUUCAGACUUUGUGAAAGUUUGGAACAAGCAAAAGCUCGAAUCCAAAUACUACGAGGGGAUUGCGAGUGGGCCCCGGUGCGCCCAUAUGUGGAAAAUUAAAGGCUGAAAUGCAACAGCACAGAUGAUCCCUGCUUUGCUGCUUUUGAUUUGUUUUUGGGCUUUGUAUAAUUAGGUUCUGUCUACCUAGGAAAUGGUUUGUGUUUUAGCACUAAACAUUACCAUAUGUAGCUUAAUUCCAUUUGUAAUUUUCUUAUUUGUAGCUGGUAAAAGAAGGGGAAUAUCAAGAUGAAGCAGUUGACACAUAUGUAGUUUAAUCUUCACUUACCUACAUUGGAUCUCUAUAGCAUUUGUUAUUAAGCAUAUCAAGCUCAAGCUUAUUACACAAA